UUCUAAUAAGAUUUUCUAUAAAUGCAAAAAAACGACAAAUGCACCUCGCAUUCAUCAUGCAUACAAAAAAGCAUGGCAAAUACAAAGAAACAGCGACUACUAAAACCACAGAGAAGACAAAAUUUACGAACAAAAUGUGUAAAAUUUGCUGCUAAUCCUUCAAUAAUACGUACUUCGAUCGAUGAAUCUUUAGUUAAAGAAGAAUUAAUGAAUGAAGAUGAAAUGACCAAAACAAAUCAAUGGGAAACUAUUGUAUUAAAUUAUUUAAAUCGUUUAAAAGGCUUAUGUGGACUAUGGCGCAGGAAUAGUAAUAAAAAUACAAAUGAUGUAGAUGAAAAUCCUAAAACAAAUACAAAUUAUAAAUGUGAAAAUAAUAAUUUAUUAGUAUCAUAUUCACAGCCAUUUAACUUCUCAGAAUACCAACGUGAUAGUAGCGAUGAAAUUAGUAUAAAUGAUGACAAUUCUUGUACACCAACAAAUCAAGACAAUAUUAAAUCAAAUGAUUUACAUUCUGUAUCAAAACUAAAUCAACAUAUCCAUUGUAUUAGUUCUUUAUAUAAUGCAGAGAAUAAUUUAAUUGUAAAUCCUGCUAGGGACAAUUUAUCAAAACAACUAAAACCAUUUUUAAAGACACGAUCAUCAACUGAAAUUGAAAUUGGUAAAGAACGUGCUAUAAAAAUUGUCAAAUCAGCAAUUGAAUAUGGUUUAGCAAGUGGUGUAUUAGAACAAAAUGGUGUCGAUUUUUCAUUUAGUAAUGCAGUACAAAAUUAUAUAAAUCAAAAUUCAUCAAAUGGUGCUAAUUAUCGAUUUUCACGAACAUUACAUCCAAAAAUUUAUUGUUUACAAAAAUUAGGGAGUGUAUCAAAAGCUGUUCAAUGUAGAAAAGUUUCAAAAACGUCGAUUGAUAUAAAUGAAGAAAUUAAUAGUAAUAAAAAUGAUGAUAAUGUAAUAAAAAGAACUAGUUUGCCACCACCAAGUACAGAAUCUAUAUCACGAGGAAGCAGACGUUCCUUAAGAAGACGUACUAUUAACGAAAAAUCAAAACCUAAUAUAAAUACUAGUGCAGGUGCAUCCGUUCAAACAUUAUCAUAUGUUAAAGAUCCCAUCAAUAUCAAUAAAUAUGUGUAUCAUCUUCAAUCAAAUGAUGUUUUACUUAUUUGGGGUUGUAUUAUUGUGUAA